AUGCAUGUUGGAAAACAAUAUCUGAACGGUAUUCAACUUUAUGUACAAUCACAAGUUUAUCUUGCUUUCUUCGUCAUUUUCACUUUAAGAGGAGAGAGAGAGAGAGAGAGAGAGAGAGAGAGGCUUUUGUUGGGUGAUUACCAGAUUGGUAAAACAAGCUUUUUGAUCAAGUAUGUGGGAGAUGAGCAGGAAAAGAGAAACUUGGAGAUGGCAGGAUUAAAUUUGAUGGAUAAAACUUUAUCCGUACAAGGUGCCCGGAUUUCAUUGGAAAUAUGGGAUGUGGGAGGUGACCACAGAUCACUGGACCAUGUUCCAAUGGCUUGUAAAGAUGCAGUAGCAAUUUUGUUUAAGUUUGAUCUUACUAGCCGGACUACACUAAAUAGUUUUAGUGGAUGGUAUAAUGAAGCAAGAAAAUUUUUGCAGACUGCAAUUCCCAUAAUAAUAGGAACAAAAUUUGAUGAUUUUGUUAGGCUUCCCCCCGAUUUGCAAUGGACAAUUGUGACUCAGGUAAUUAAAUAUUUCCCACAAAAUUGUUUCAUUAGAUAGUUUAUUUUGGAUAUCUUUUCUAAAGUGGGAUCCAAGUCCAACCCAAUUUAACAAAUGGGGUUUUGAUAAGUUACAUUA